CUUUGUGACACGGUGUACCAUGGUCACCACGCCAUGGAACGGGUAUCCUAGAGCCCUUUGUGACACGUGGUGACAUAGGAGCUGGUGGCGACAAGAACACUCCAGAGUGCUCGGAGCACACAACGGGACAGGACGAGACAGAGCAGUGCUGUGAGGAGCCCCACACAGCACACUCGUUCGUGUCUGACCCGGAGCCUUUCCGAAGUGUUAUUCCUGCAGCUGACCUCGAGGCCAGACCACAGGACUUGCUGACCCGUGGCCUUCCCGAGGCUUCUCUCCUGCAGGUGCCCUCGAGGGCAGACCGUGGGCCUUGGUGCCCCGGAGGCAUCUCCCAUCCCUGCCGCCAGUGCCCUCGAGGCCAGACCACCAUCCUUGACAGGACUCUCCUGCCCUUGUGGCAGGAGCCCUCCAGAGCAGAGUGCAGGACGUGCUGUCCUGUAGCCCUCCUGAGGCUUCGCUCUUGAAGGUGCCUUCCAGGCACGACUGCAGGACUUGCUGACUCGGAGCUUUUCCGAGGCAUCUCUCCUGCAAGCAGCCACAAAUCCAGUCAGUGACAUGGAGCAGAGACCCCUGAGAGUGCCCAAGCUGGCCUGUGUGGAGGAAGAGGAAGAAGGCCCUGGAGCUGCCCCAGCACAGGAGAAGGAAGAGGUGGUGCCGUUCAAGCCACUGCAGGAGGAUGCAGCUGUGGAGCGCACACAAGAGCAGCAAUCCAGCCGUGGCCUCUUCCACAGAACAGCACAGCUGGUUUGCAAAUUAAUCAAGAGAAUUCGGGAGGAAGAGACCAGCACCGUGGGCACUGGGCUCAGAGCAUACUCGCACAUCUUCAAAACCAAGACCAGUGCUGCCCUGCUGGAUAUGCUGGUAGAGGAGGGCUUUUGCAAUCCAAAGCAAGUUCCCGCCAUGGUCAGGUACAUCCACCAGUGGCUCAUGGCCAAUCAGUUUGCUGAGCACAGGCUGAACAGGACCCUGCUGGAUCUCACCGAAGCACAGCCCGCUGACGUACUGGUGACGCUCCUGCGUGUGGCCCCAUCCUGUGACAGAGCUGCUCUGACCAUGUGGAAGAGCAUCAUGUGCUCGCCCAGGACUGCGGAGCCUGCGCUGCUGAUACUCCUGGAUGUGCUGGGGAGCUGGCCCGAGCACAGCAUGUGCACCUCCGAUGGGGACAAAACGGGUGUCUUGGUCCUGGCUGCCACUGUGGUGAUGUGGAAGAUCCUCCAGGUGCCCUGUGUCCCACACGUGGUGACGGUGUAUUUCCCCCGCCUCUUUGUGCAUCUGCUUUUCCAAGUGUUCUUCACCACCCUGGAUAUGCCAGAGGAGGUCCAUACCUUCUGGAAGGGAUGCCAAGAGCAAUAUGACCUUGCCGCCAGCCCCAACAGGUUUGCAGUGCGGACCCUGAAGUCCCUGCUCUGCCAAAUGCAGCACGAGGACGUGGUGGUGGCGAUGGAAGCACCAGCGUGUGGCUGGGACACGCUGCUGUGUGCUGACACCCACCACUAUGCCGUGGCUCUGCUGGCCAGGGAGAUGUCCUGUGUCUCCAUGUCCUUGUGCUCCCGCAUCGCUCGCUACCUGCUCCGGCUGCUCAGCACACAGGAGCCACGCUGGGAGCUGCCCGCCCUGGCCUUCCUUGCGGAGGUCCUCGAGUUCCUGGACUUGAGUGAACGUGGUGCUAAGAGAGUCCUGCAGAUCUUGUCAAGGCACCUGCGGAGCGAGUGCAGGGAGAGGCGUCGCCUGGCACUCAGGGCCCUUCUCAAGUUCACUGACGAGCCCUCCAUGGACACAGAUGGAGAGAUAGUUUGCAUGACGGUCAUGCUACUCAGCUUUAUAAUCUUGGACAAUGACACGCUGAUAGCCGGCCCCAUCACACUGCAGCUGGUUGAGGCGCUCCUGCCACUCUUUGACCACGCCUGUGCCAAGCUGAGCCCCUUGCAGCCAAUGCUGAGGUCUUAUUCUCUUCCUUUCAUCCAGGACAAUAACCAGGUGCAGGUGCUCUCCAUACUCCUCUUCCGAACAUUGGUGACGCUUCCACGGAAAAAGGAAAAAAAGGCCCUGAAGACACCCCUGCGGCAGAGCCUGCUGCCACUCUUCUUCCACUGCCAUGAUGAGAAUCGGCUUGUGGCACAGGUUUCUCAGGAAACGCUGCUUUGUGUGGCCGAGCUCCUGAAGAGGAGGGAUCUUGAAAAACAGUUGAAGAACAAGAAGCUGUGGAAGUUCACCGAGUGCCUGGUAAGGAGGGCCUGGAAGCCCCAGCCUCAGCCUGGAGAAGCCCCCUGA